UCUUUCCGCUGAGGGGCCGGCCCACCCCCGGGUGCUGCCCUCCUGCAGCCUCCUUAGUCCCCGUUGUUACGGGCGGCUUGCCGGCCGCCCCGCCGCCAUGUCGUUGCUGUGCUACAACCGGGGCUGCGGCCAGCGCUUCGACCCCGAAACCAACACGGAAGGAUCCUGCACAUACCAUCCAGGUGUGCCAGUCUUUCAUGAUGCUCUCAAAGGUUGGUCAUGUUGCAAGAGAAGAACAACAGACUUUUCUGACUUCCUAAGCAUUGUGGGCUGUACAAAGGGUCUCCAUAACAGUGAGAAGCCUCCUGAGCCUGUUAAACCAGAAGUCAAAACUACCUCUGAACGAAAGGAACUAGCUGAACUGAAACCCAGAUUUCAAGAACACAUAAUUCAGGCACCAAAACCAUUGGAAACAAUUAAAAGGCCAAGCCCAGAUGAGCCAAUGACAAAUUUACAGCUGAAAGUGUCAGCUUCCUUGAAGCAAGCGCUAGAUAAACUGAAGCUGUCUUCAGAAAACGAAGAGAAAAAAGAGGAAGACAAUGAUGAAAUCAAGAUUGGGACGGCAUGUAAAAACGCAGGCUGUUCAAAAACGUACCAAGGACCAGAGAGCACAGAAGAAGUAUGUAUAUACCAUUCUGGUGUACCUAUAUUCCAUGAAGGGAUGAAGUAUUGGAGCUGCUGUAAAAGAAAAACAUCUGACUUCAAUACAUUUUUAGCUCAAGAAGGCUGCACAACAGGAACACAUGUAUGGACUAAAAAGGAUGAGGGUAAGAAAGUAGUUCCAUGCAGGCAUGACUGGCACCAGACUGGAGGAGAAGUGACUAUUUCUGUGUACGCUAAAAACUCUGUUCCUGAUCUGAGCUUCGUUGAAGCAAAUAGCACAAUGUUAAAUAUCCAUAUUGUAUUUGAAGGAGAUAAGGAAUUUCAUCGCAGUGUGAAACUAUGGGGAGUAAUUGAUGUAAAGAGAAGUUAUGUGAACAUGACGGCUACAAAGAUCGAGCUCACUAUGAGAAAAGCAGAGCCCCUGUUAUGGGCAAGUCUUGAAUUACCGGUAUCCAACACACAACAACAAAAAGAGAGUUCAGAUCAAUAAUGAUUCCAAGAGACAAGUUAUUUCCCAUUAUGAAGUGGUGACUUGCUACUGUAAUCAAAUAUUUUAACUUUUAUAUAGAGUCAUUUUUUUUAUACUUGAUCGUAUGUUCCAUUAUACAAAGAAAUUUGAUGUACAGUAAAUGGGGGUGUAAGCUUGAAGGGUAAUAGCUAUUUCUGCUCGUGCUUCCAUGAGUAUAUUUAUGCUAGUUGAAGUGUCUCCAUGGAGAUCUAGAGUAAAAAGAGCUGUUGCCCUUUGCUUAUAACCUUACCUACCAUGUACUGACUAUCCAAAUAGAUGUGAUUUCUGUCCACUGUGAGUGCUGAAUUUUCAAGUAUUCAGUUUAGACUGGAUCUGUUGGGUGGCACAUGUUAGGUUCAGAUACUGUUCAGUAUGAAGCAUACAGUAAUACAGAUACAAAAAUCUGAGUUCAGUAAAUGAUUAGCAUGCAGUUCUACAUCUGGAAUAAAAAGACAUAUAAAUAUCAAAAAACACAGGCUUACGUUUCUGUCUUCUGAAACUAAGGUUUGUUUCAAUACCAGUUUGCUGUGGAGGGAUGGAAUAAACAGUGUUUUGUGAAGGAUU